CUCUAUGAGUUUGGUCAUACUAUUUCUUUGUGAUUUUAAACAUGAAUAUGAGAUAGAUUGGACACUGUUUUGCCAUGUUAGGAACAUUGAGUCUUCCAAAGAUCUGCAAGCACACUCAAAAUGGCACCCAAUGUGCGGUGGAGGUAUGGAAAGGCAUACAAGGCAAUGAAUGCCCUUGGUUAUUCUGCAGAAAUAGUGAAACCAAUACUGAAGAAACUAUUGGAUGUCUAUGAAAAAAACUGGGAUCUCAUUGAAGAACAAAACUACUCUGUUCUUCUUGACUCCAUCUUAGACAGCGAGGACAAAAUGGGGUCCCUUGAACAGAAAGACGACGAAGAACUGAUCCGCUGGCUUGGAAAUGUGCGUGCAGAAGAUGAACAUGAAUUUCUGGAUUACUCUCAGGAAAGUAAGUUAGAAGGCAAAGAAUAUAUAUCCAGUUCGCCAAAACAGCUUUUUUCCCUUGUAGAAAAACCAGAUUUGAUUGUAGUGCUGUCUGACGAUGAAGAUGAUCAAGUUCAAGACACAAUGCCACUUUAUACGAACACGGUUGAAAGAAAAUUAAAAUAUGAUUGCAAUGCUGAUGAUGCUCCUCAUACAUUUCACUCUGCUGCUAUGGAAUCUCUCAAAGAGGCACUUUCUGAUGACCACCCAGAUGACUCUUCAAAUGGAUAUUUUUUGGAGUUCCCGGACUCGGAAGAUUUGUACUCAGAGGAGAAACAAAAUGGAAAAUCAGAUUCAGAUUCACGGCUGGACAUCGCAUCCCUUCCUGGCAGCGAGAAAGUGAGAAUUUCUUUGAUAUACGACAAAUCUUCGCUACCACUAGAUUUCUGUGCCCCAAGCUUAGAAUCUGUGGUUGAAAUGGUUCAGAAAGAGUGUAUUGAAUCAUAUGGAAUUACUCAGCCUGGGUUCUCAUUCCUGAGGCUGAUGGAAUUCACCUGUGAGUGCUUUCUUGCUGUGUCUGGCGCCAUUUGUGAAGUCAAAACCAAUUUACGCGCAAAACAGAAUCAAGAGCCCAUUAAAUCCGGAUACACGUUUUCCAUUGCACCAGAUUUUCUUAACCUGAUGAAAGUCAAACCCUCACUCCCAGUGGUCCCAUGCUCAAACAUGCUGGAAACCGUUUUUAUCAAGAAAGAUAUGAAACACAUUAGUAAAGGUGAAGAUGAGGUGAAAAUUUCUCUGGUAAAUGAAUUUAACCACGAAAGGCCACCUGCCUUUGUGUACAUCCCCAAAAACGUCGUUUUCCAAGAAGCCCGAAUCAGAUUCCUUCUCGCCCGUAUAUCUGAUGAUGACUGUUGCUCUGGUUGCAUUGGGGACUGUUUGGCUCUUAAAAUACCAUGCGCCUGUGCUGGAGAAACAACUGGCGAAUUUGCUUACACAAGGCAAAAUUUACUCAAGGACAACUUUCUUGAGAAUUUCGUCUCGAUGAACCGUGAGCCUAAAAAACACCCACAUGUUUACUGUCAAGACUGCCCACUUGAGAGGUCAAAUGGUAACAAGAGAUUGUCUGGGAAAUGCAAAGGUCACCUUGUCAGGAAGUUUAUCAAAGAGUGUUGGCAUAAGUGUGGUUGCAGUAAAAAUUGUGGAAACCGUGUUGUUCAGCGUGGCAUAUCUGUGAACUUGCAGGUUUUUAUGACACCUGAUGGGAAAGGUUGGGGGGUCCGAGCGCUUGAGAACUUGCCCAAAGGCACGUUUGUUUGUGAGUACGUGGGAGAAAUUGUAACCAACAUGGAACUGUAUGAGCGGAACGCAAACAGUGCUAAUGAGAGGCAUACCUAUCCUGUGCUGCUAGAUGCUGACUGGACUUCUGAAAGAGUUUUGAAUGACGAAGAGACACUCUGUUUGGAUGCUACACAUUUUGGAAAUGUUGCAAGAUUCUUAAAUCACAGAUGUUUUGAUACCAACUUGGUUGAGAUACCUGUGGAAGUCGAGACUCCAGACCAUCACUACUACCACCUUGCCUUCUUUACGACAAGGAACGUUAAUGCUUUGGAAGAGUUAGUCUGGGACUAUGGUAUUGAUUUUGAUGACCACAAUCAUCCUGUGAAAGCCUUCAAAUGCCAAUGCGGUAGCAAGCUAUGCAGAGAUGUGAAGCCUAGGAAGAGUGAGUGUUAAACUGAGGGGUUAGGAGCAGCUAUUGAUGGUU